AUGGAGGACCAUAUCCACACGAUUCAAGAUAGUCCAGUUCCAACCCAGCCGCUCCUACUCUCAGCUCUUGUCACUCCCAUCUUUUUCACGGUCACAGCACUUGCUGUCCCUGUCCCCAAGGACGAUGUGAGCGGUGAUGCCAGUAUUGCCGUUAACCUCGGCGGUGACAAGAGCAUUGGCCUUAUCAUGAGUGUGAGCAUGCCAUCGGCGAGCUUGGUGCCGCUAUCAGCGACCAUUGGAGUUCUCAAGCGUGGUGGCGGGUCACGAGGACUCCAACUUUGA